AUGGUCACUUACAAACCCAGAAAAAUAUUAAAAUAUAAUAAAAUAAGCCAAAGAACAUCUAAAAAGGACGAAACCAAAAAUUACAAAAUUUUACAUUCCCCUGGAGCUUCACACAUCAAGUGAAAAUCAUCACCUUCAUCAAGGCAAUGGCCUGACAAUCUCAGAAAAUGGCCCCUUAUAAUAGGCAGCAAGUAAACAAUUAAUAUAUUCAUAAAUAAUGGCAAUAUGGUUGUAAAUUAUUCACAAUUAUACUGAAUACUAGUAAUCAUUGAGGAUGGUUGUCAAUGCUAGCAGUAAGUAUCAUAGCAAAGGCAACUUCAAAACAAAAUAUGUAAACAUUUAAGCAGAAAUGAAAAAACACAGUAUGUCGAAGGACACUAGAUCAGAAACCAUUGAUUUGCACAGGCUCCUUCAAAAGGUUAUCCAGUACAUCCAUAGAUUUUGCAUAUCCUGCAUAUGCAAUUUUUGUUUUGGCCUCAAGUAGAAAUGUAUAACAGCUUAUAUGUCACCUCCCAAGCUUAAAAAGGAGGCUUAGAUAAAAACAAGAGAUGCAUCAGAAAAAAUUACACAGUACCCACGUGACUACUACAGAUCCAAUUGACUAGUUUCUGUUUCAUCAGUUAUUUACUUAAGACUUGGUUUAAGGGAAACGAGGGUAGGAUCU